CUCUUAAGGCGGCGCGCGGGGGAGGGGCGGGAGAUCGGCGGAGGAUGGCGCGCGGCGGCAGGAGCGUGUCGCGGCCGGCGGCGGCACCGGCCCCCGCCAGCCCGGCCCCAGCGGCCCCGAUGCCGGCGGCGCAGCCAGCCCAGCCCGGGCUGAUGGCGCAGAUGGCGAGCACUGCGGCCGGCGUGGCCGUGGGCUCCGCCGUGGGACACGUCGUGGGCAGCGCCAUCACCGGCGCCUUCAGCGGCGGCUCCUCCGAACCGGCCAAGCCGGCGGCUCCAGCCCAGCAGCCUGUGUACCAGCAGUCGCCCUAUGGACCCUGCCACUACGAGAUCAAGCAGUUCCUGGAGUGUGCUACCAACCAGAAGGACCUGACCUUGUGCGAGGGCUUCAACGAGGCUCUGAAGCAGUGCAAGUAUAGCAGCGGUGUUUCUUCUCUCCUGUGAAGAAUCUGCCCCCUGGUAGGGAAGAGGAGUCUGGUGUUGAGCCCUGCUGCCUGCAGGGAGCGAAGGACAGGCGUUCAGGGAAUGAGAUGGAGGCAACAGAUUGACCAGGCAGGAGGCUUCUAGUGGUAAUUCACUUCUAGACUAGCAGGGAAGGAGAGGAAUGGUUGGAUCCGU